CAACAGAACGUCACUGAUCCCGGAAGUGACCUCAGUGUCUUUUUCCCGUCCAAACAAACCUGUGUGGCUCUCGGCCGGGGGAGGAUGUCGGUUCCCCAGGGGGGUCCCCUGCCGGGGCCGGCCGAGCCCGGCUCGGAGCCGCCGGGCGGGAAGCGGCGGCCGCACGGGAUGCUGAAGCUCUACUACGGGCUGCCGGACCCGGCGGGGGAGGCUCGGGGCGGCCUGCCCCCAGGAGGGGAUCCCGGGGGACCUACUGACAUCAAUGGGGCGCACUUCGACCCGGAAGUGUUCCUCACUAAGCUGCGGAAGGAGUGCUCACUAGCCCAGCUUAUGGACUGUGAGACUGACAUGGUAAAGCAGAUCCGUGCCCUGGACAGCGACAUGCAGACCCUGGUCUAUGAGAACUACAACAAGUUCAUCUCAGCCACAGACACAAUCCGCAAGAUGAAGAACGACUUCAAGAAGAUGGAGGACGAGAUGGAUUGCCUGGCUGCCAACAUGGCUGUCAUCACGGAGUUCAGCGCCCGCAUCAGCAGCACCCUGCAGGACCAGCAUGAGCAGAUCACCAAGCUCUCGGGGGUCCACACGCUCCUGCGCAAGCUGCAGUUUCUCUUUGAGCUGCCUGCCCGCCUCACCAAGUGUGUGGAGCUGGAGGCCUAUGGACAGGCAGUGCGCUACUACAGCAAAGCCCGCUCUAUCCUGCACCAGUACCAGCACAUGCCCUCCUUCCAGGGCAUCCAGGACGACUGCCAGAAGAUCAUGGCCAACCUGGCGCAGAAGCUGCGGGAGAAAUUCAGGGACGGGGGCUCUGGGGCAAAGGACCUGGCUGAGUGCGUGGAGCUGCUGCUGCAGCUGGAUGAACCAGCAGAGGAGCUGUGUGACGAGUUCCUUUCCCAUGCCCGCUGCCGGUUGGAGGCUGAGCUGGAGGCCCUAGAAGCAGAGCUGGGGCAGCCAGGUGGUGCCCCUAUCACUGACGUCCUGGAGUUCAUCGACCGUGGCUGCAACAUCUUUGUCAGCAACAUGUGCCUGGUGAUUGCCUCCUACCAGGAGCUUUUUGUCAGCCGAGAAGGGGUGCAGGGCAUCACUCGCAUGGCACAGGACAAGCUGGUGGCCUUUGUCAACUCCCUCAUGGAGACAUACUUCUCCCUGGUGGAGCGGCGCAUCCAGUUGGAGAAAGGGGUUGGGGACAACUCACUGCUGGUGCGGGCCCUGGACCGCUUCCACCGGCGCCUACAAGCCCUGGCCAAGCUGCUGCCGGCCUCCAAUGUGGCAGCAGAGGGCACGGAGAUUGUGGUGCGGGCUGCCAAGGAGCGCAUCCGCCAGUACCUGCUGGCCCUGCAGAGCUUCUACCAGGACUGUCUGACAGAUGUGCGCCAGUCGCUAGCUGCCCCACGCCUGGCAGGCAAGGAGAGCCCCAACCUGGCUGAGCUGCUGGGCACCAUCUCGGCCUCUGUCCUUAACCAGAUCAAGUCGGUGCUCACCUACGUCCACCUCUUCACAGCAAAGGACAUCACCUUCUCCAACAAGCCCUACUUCAAGGGUGAGUUCUGCAGCCAGGGUGUCCGCGAGGGCCUGAUCGUUGGCUUCAUCAAGUCCAUCUGCCAGACGGCACGGCAGUUCUGUGAGACCACAGGGGACAAGGGUGGCUCCACUCCCCCCGCCCUGCUGCUCCUGCUCUCCCGCCUCUGUCUGGACUACGAGACCUCCACCAUCAGCUACAUCCUCACCUUGACCGAUGAGCAGUUCCUAGUGCAGGACCACUCCCCCAUCACCCCAGUUACCAGCCUGUGCGCGGAGGCCCGCGAGGCGGCCCAGAGGCUGCUCAACCACUACGUGAAGGUGCAGGGGCUGAUCAUCUCGCAGAUGCUGCGCAAGAGUGUGGAGACACGCGACUGGGUCAACACCAUUGAGCCACGCAACGUGCGGGCCGUCAUGAAGAGGGUGGUAGAGGACACCACCUCCAUCGACGUGCAGGUGGGGCUCCUGUACGAGGAGGGCGUCCGCAAAGCCCAGAGCAGCGACUCCAGCAAGAGGACCUUCUCUGUGUACAGCAGCUCUCGGCAGCAGAGCCGCUAUGCACCCAGCUACACACCCAGUGCCCCCCUGGACACUAACCUCCUGAGUAACAUUCAGAAGCUGUUCUCUGAGCGCAUCGACAUCUUCAGCCCCGUGGAGUUCAACAAGGUCUCCGUCCUGACCGGCAUCAUCAAGAUCAGCCUGAAGACCUUCCUGGAGUGCGUGCGGCUGCGGACCUUCGGGCGCUACGGCCUGCAGCAGAUCCAGGUGGACUGCUACUAUCUACAGCUCUACCUGUGGCGCUUUGUCUGCGAUGAGAACCUGGUGCACUUCCUGCUAGAUGAAAUCGUGGGCAGCACAGCCCACCGCUGCCUGGACCCUGUGCCCAUGGAGCAGAGUGUCAUUGAGGUCAUCUGUGAGAGGGGCUGAUAUGAGGGGAGUCAGCCCAGCCUUGAGGCAGACGCUGGCUUGCUCCUAUGCGGGGAGUGGACACGUGUCCCCCUCAGACUCAUCCGUUUCACCAUAUCUUUCCCACACCAGAUGGUUGUGAGGGGUGCCUGAGAGCAUGGCGGAGAAUGGCCUGUGAACAUAUUGGGGGGUUGGGGGUAAUGCCCUGUGAACGCCCUGUGAACAUUCUCACUGCUGCUAGCCUGGAUCUUAUUGGGCAGGGAGGGGAAUGUGCUGAAUAAAACAUACCAUGAUCUGA